AGGGUGCGAUAGGAACGGUAUGGGUUCUUUAUAUCGCAGUGAACCAAUGUCCCUUUGUCAGCUGUUUCUACAUUCCGAGAUGGCAUACGAUGAAAUAGCGAAACUCGGAGAACUCGGCGUCGUACAUUUUAUUGAUCUGAAUUCUGAAAUGAACUCAUUCCAAAGGCGUUUUGUUGGUGAUUUGAAACGAUGUAAUCUGAUGGCACAAAAACUAAAGUUUAUUGAGGAGCAAAUUCUAGCAGAUUCUAUCCCAGUACCGCAAAUAAAUGGAUUUGUUCCAGCACCACCACCAAGCGAAAUGAACACACUCGAAGCUGAAAUUGAAAAGAUUGAGGAACAACUGAUUGAAAAUAAAAGAAAUAUGGAAAAUUUGAUGGAUAAUUAUGCACAGCUAAAUGAAUGCAUGCAGUGCAUCAAUAAAGUGCAACAUCUUCUCACAGAUGAACAGCGACAACAACUUAAACAGUCAAUGCUGGGAAUGGAUCAGGAAAAUUUAAUCUCCGGAAUUGAUGCUAUUCGUCGCGAAUUGACCAAUGUGGUCAUAAGGAAAAAGGACAGCAUCAUUCCAAGCCGAAUGUCAAAUAUUUUCUCCGGCGAAAAUUUCAUUGCCGGAAUUGUGGAACGUCGGUAUACGACUGCAUUGGAACGUUUGCUUUGGCGCACGUGUGGUCUGAAUAUUUUCGUACGUACGGUCACUAUUGAUUUCAGCGAAGAUCCUUUACUUAGUGAUACACCACCGAAAGAUGUCUUCAUGGUAUUUUUUUCCGGUGAAGUACUUGGAUUACGGGUGAGAAAGAUAUGCAAGUGCUACCAAGCGGAAAUAUACGAUUAUAAAGACCCGGCAAAUGACCGAGUGUUACAUGUAACAACAUUAUUUGGACGUGUGACUGAAAUCAAAUCGGUCAUUGAAGAAACAAGAAGAUAUCGUAACAAAUUGCUUCAAGCAACUGCUUGUAAAGCUCGUGAAUGGGACAUCAAGUUGCAAAAGAUGUCCGCUGUGUUCGGAGCAAUGAAUAUGUGCAAUGUAGACAUCACUCAGCGAUAUUUAAUCGCUGAAUGUUGGAUUCCGACCGUUGAUGUAACACGUGUUCGAAAUAACUUUAGUAAGACGAGCAUGGAAAAGAAUGGCUCUGUCUUAUUAUCUUUCUUGUGCGAAAUUGAGACGAACAAAGUACCACCAACAUAUUUUCGUGUUAACAAAUUCACAAAAGUUUUUCAAAACAUCGUUAAUUCGUACGGUACAGCAACUUACCGCGAAAUUAAUCCAGCUCUCUGGACAACGAUAACAUUUCCAUUCCUAUUCGCAAUAAUGUUCGGCGAUGCUGGUCAUGGCCUAAUCAUGCUUUUUAUUGCCCUUGCAUUCAUUCUAUUCGAAAAAAAAAUCGAAAUCGAUGAUGAAAUAAUGGGAACAUUUUACCAUGGACGUUAUGUCAUUCUUCUAAUGGGACUUUUCUCACUUUAUACAGGCUUCAUCUAUAACGACUUCUAUUCGCGUUCGAUGAAUUUGUUUGGAAGUAGCUGGCGCAAUCCCUACGACGUUAGCUUGUUCGACCUAAAACCAAGUGAGGAGAGUGCGCAAAUUGAUUUAACACUACCGCCACAGUAUGCUUACGACAGAAAUAAAGGUCCUUAUGUUUUUGGUUUGGAUCCAGUUUGGAAUCUAGCAGGAAAUCGGCUAAUAUUUACAAAUUCAAUGAAGAUGAAAACAUCCGUUAUUUUUGGCAUCAUACAAAUGACAUUUGGUGUAAUGCUGAACCUUUUGAAUUUCUUGUAUUUUCGAUCAACUAUCGAUAUUUGUUCUACAUUUAUACCACAGAUUUUGUUUCUAUGCUGUAUACUGAUUUAUCUGUGUAUUCAGAUAACAGUCAAGUGGCUCAUGUUCAGCACCAUACCUGGUGAUGUUUUCGGCUUCUUUUAUCCAGGGUCACACUGUGCUCCUUCACUCUUGAUCGGGUUGAUCAACAUGUGCAUGCUGAAACCACGCAAGGAAGGUUUCUGGAAUCUCUCUUCAUCCAGCGAGUUGGAGCAAUGUUAUUUACAGGCAUGGUACCCAAAUCAGGGUAUGGUAGAGAAAGGUCUUCUAAUAUUAGCAAUACUUUGCAUACCAGUGAUGCUUUUGGUGAAGCCUUUUUAUCUAAAAUUCAAAUUCUGGAAGAUUGGAGAUGAAGAAAUUGCCAAUAUUGAUGAUAGUGAAGUAAAGUGCGAUUUCAUGGAUGUUUUCAUAUAUCAAGCAAUUCAUACGAUUGAAUUUGCACUUGGGUGCAUAUCACAUACCGCUUCUUAUCUUCGCCUCUGGGCACUUUCUUUGGCUCAUGCACAGCUUUCUGAAGUUCUGUGGUCAAUGGUGCUUGGUAUGGCUUUCUCACUAAAUGCUUGGUCAAGUGGUCCACUGUUGUAUCUUGUCUCUUGGCUCUACGGAUUGCUUACAUUUGUCAUAUUGAUAUUAAUGGAAGGACUUUCUACUUUCUUGCAUGCGUUGCGAUUACACUGGGUUGAAUUUCAAAGCAAGUUCUAUGACGGUCAUGGAUAUUCAUUCAAACCCUUUGCAUUUGCUCAAAUGAAAUCCUUCAAACUUGUUAGUAAGAAAGAUGGAAGUGUAACUUGUUAAUUUCAUGUGAAUCUCAUAAACUAAUGAAACUACGACUGCAAACUUUUCAUUAUCACUAAAGCAAAAAUCGAUUGACAGAGCAUUUAUAAGAUAAUUGCACAACAGUAAAAUCAA